UUCCGCCCAGCUGGACAUGUUUGUACAUGCCUUGUACCUUGUACUGUCUCAGUCAGAUUUACUUCACAUGUUGACGGACAAAUCAAAUGUUCAACUGAAAGUAGGUCCACUGCCAACGAUGGACCAUGUAAAACACAUCGGUGGUUGCCAUUGUGGUGCUGUCAGAUUCCAAGUGUGGAACUCCCCAAAUCUUCAUGUUUUCGAGUGCAAUUGUAGUAUUUGCACCAAGAAGCAAAACCUCCAUUUUAUUGUGCCGAAGAAACAGUUCCUCCUUUUGCAGGGGGGGGGAGAUCUGACGACAUACACAUUUAACACCCAUGCUGCCAGGCACACCUUUUGUAAAAUAUGUGGCGUUCAGAGUUUCUACACGCCACGGUCGAACCCCAACGGUUAUGGCAUCGCGCCUCACUGUCUUGAUCCAGGUACUGUUUGUAGCGUGACAGUAGAGAAGUUUUGUGGGGAGAAAUGGGAAGAAAGCAUGCAAGCUCACAAGACCAUAAGAGGCAUGUCAAACGCUUUGGAGGAGACCUUGUGAUUAAAAGCAAUAACAACUCCAAAUAUACCAUAAGAAACCUUUGACCUCUGUCAAAACAAGUGCAUUGUUUAUUGAGUCUGUAUUACAAAGGAAAGAAAAAUGAAACUCACUUAAAUAUAAACCCUACCAAGUUGAAUCAAAGUUUCAGUAUUUAAGAUAGAAAUCCCCCCAGAUAUAUCAACAAGAAUCCAUUUUCGGCUUACAAAACUAUAUAUAUUUCAUUAUUAGGAAGCAGAAACUAUUUACAGUAUAAGCUACAAUCAGUGCAUUGAAAUUUGUGUGAGCAACCCUAAUAGAUCUUCAGGUUCCUUGGUCCCCGUGGAAGCAUUUGGAAUGUAUUGAUGAACAUGUAACGUGAAAAGAAGAUGUAGAGGUGACGGAACCACAGAAUCUGGGUCACAUGGCAGAACAUGGCCGCCUGAGGGAAAGAGAUGAGAAUAUUUACAUUUGAGUCAUUCAAAACAGACACUUUCAUUCAACGCCGACAUACUGCACAUGCGAGGAGAGUGAUGAGAAGAGUCGUAACUUUACUAGGCCCAUACACUCGACAGUGGGAUCUUUGAGAUUGCCUCGGAAUCACAAGACUGUGAUCCCUGGAAUGAUACGCCUCGCCCUGUUGGGGACGUGGCAGUGUCAGUGACACGUGAGAGCCCUAGCAGCCCCAGCAGGUUUAACCACUCGGUUUACAGCCUCACCUUGGCCUUGGCAUAGCCCCUGGGGCCUGUGACGCAGCACAGGGCGGAGGGCCAGAGCCAGCUGACUGGAAGCUCCAGGAAAGACAGGUACUUCCUGAAGAGGCCCACAGUGUCCAGGCUAAGCAGACAGCAGUCUGGAACAGACGGACACGAGGCACAGAUACCGGUUAAUGCAAUUGAAUGUUCUGUAUCCAACCUCAGCAAAUUGUUUAUCUGGGUCACCGGCCUCAAGUAGGCCACUAUGGUUGACGAUGUAUCGUUAAUAGUCAGCCGUUAUGGUUAGAGUGGGAGCGUAGAGUGGAGGAAAUGGCAUGUGGUUCCCUUUAGUAGAGCAAAGGUCCCCCUUAUCAGAUUAAAUUCAACUCAAGUCAACUCAACACAUUUGUAAAAUAGGUACAAACAGUAUGCUGCUUAAUUACUAAACCUGUGCUGUUAAGUUGUUUAUAGAACGUGAAUAAAAAACCUUGACAGAGUCA